AUGGUAGGUAUUCACUGCAUAAAUGGCCGGGCCACAGGAAUAGUGCUGGAAGGUAUGGAGCUGAAGAGGAUGAUCAGUUUCGAUGCUCUCAUUCGCUUCUCCAAGCUAUCCAUUCUGAGCUUCAAGAACAAUGCUCUUCAAGGGGGAAUGAUGAAUUUUUCGGGAAACCAGAAGUCAGCCUGCAUCGACCUCUCAGGGAACAAGUUCCAGGGUCCAAUCUCCGAGCCGCUCCUGAGUUUAGCUCUUCUAGCAUCACUGCAGCUCCAGAACAACAACUUGACAGGGCAGAUCCCUUCAGAAAUGCAGAUAAUGUUUAAACAAUCUACCUUGAGCGUGGUGGCUCUUUCAAUGUCCUAUGAGAAGGCCAAGAAGCUCAAAAAAUUCAAACAACAAUAUGAGAAAGAAGAGAAAAGCGAGGCAGUCCAGAUCCCAAUUAUUCAGCUUGAAUUCGUUCUCAGGGAACCCGGGACUAUUUAUCAUUUAAUGAAAGCCACUACCACAGGAGGAAGGGGAAGCAAAGAGCGGGUGCCAUUCAGGUGGAACUCCAGAUUAUCAGCUGCUCAAGGCGUGGCUCGCACCCUGCACUACCUCCAUGUCAACUCCAAAUCAAGACCGAACGUGAUCGUCCCACAUGGGAACCUGAAAUCGACCAAUGUCCUCCUCGCUCAAGACGACGCCAUCCUUGUCUCUGACUACGGCCUCUCCUCUCUCGUCACGCCCCCCAUCGCCGUGAAAUCCAUGGUCUGCGUCAAAUCCCCUGAAUACCGAACCAGGCAACUGAUCUGCCCAAAGGCCGAUGUCCGGAGCUACGGUUGUCUACUUCUCGAGCUACUCACUGACCGAGUCUGUGCCAAUGCGGCCCCACCAGGAGUCCAUGGCGUGGAUCUCUGCAGCUGGGUCCACCGGGCAGAGAGAGAGGAAUGGACAGCCGAGAUCUUCGACUCCGAGAUCAGAAAGCAGAGGAGGUUAGCUGACAGCAUGCUCGAGUUGCUGCAGAUAGCAAUACGUUGCUGUGAUGAGUCGCCUGAUAGCCGUCCCGAGAUGGCGGAGAUCGUGCAGGAGAUCGAGAAUAUGAAGGUGGCCGAUGAUUGUGAGGAAGAGUUUGUCACGUCGUCGGAUGACAUUGUCCAAAGCUCCUGGUGA